AUGCGCCUCUUCCGCGAAUCGGCUUCCGCGCAGAGGCCGCUCCCCUCCGAUAUUGUCACAUUCGCUGAGUCGACGCUCGCGCGUCUGUUUGGCGGGGGUCCGCUUGCGGUGGCUGCGCCACGGGAUCCACCAUACUCCACAUCGGCGUACGCUGACUAUUAUUCUGCCCAAUCAAAGUUUGACGCGUGCAUGCCUACGUUCUCUCGGCUCGUUCAAGUAACAUCAAGAAUGGUUCUCAGUCCCCGUGCAAUGGCAUCAGCUGUACCUAGUUCUAGCCUUUCUGCUCUGAACUCCAUUUACGGGAUUAAAAGAGAUUAUCCGGCGCGUUCUUCAACCAAGGUGGCAGCAGCGAAGGCUGUAACUUAUUCUCCAUGUGCGAGCAAUAAUGUUCUUCAAAACAAUUCACCUUCAACUACCAAUCCAGAGGGAUCGCACCUUAACGUGCCUAUGCCAGAGGAGGCACUACCAUCCGCUUCAGGCUAUCUUCCCAUCAGCACGUCCGCUCCUGAGUCUCGUAUGUUCUAUGCAUACUACGAGGCUACAGAACCGUCAAGAUUGCUUGCAGAGACUCCGCUUCUUCUUUGGCUGAACGGCGGUCCAGGUUGUUCAAGCAUGAUAGGGAAUUUCUAUGAAAUCGGUCCUUGGAAAGUCGCUAUAACAGAUGACGAUAUUGACAGCCUUCGCCUGGAAAAGAACCCAUGGGCUUGGAACAGAAAAUACGGCCUGCUAUUUAUUGAUAAUCCAAUCGGCACAGGGUUCAGUAUCGCUGAAAGCAUCGAGGACAUCCCUCAAGACCAGCCUACUGUGGCAAAGCACCUCUUUCAUGCCCUUUCAACAUUCUUUGACAUGCAUCCGAGCUUGUGUAACCGUCCGUUCUUUGUUACGGGGGAGUCAUAUGCUGGUAAGUAUGUGCCGGAACUCAGCUGCUUGGUGAUGCAACAACAGCAGCGAGGCCAGGGCCUCCCAGUGAGAUUUGCAGGAAUUGUUAUUGGGAACGGCUUCACAGACCCUCGGAUACAGGUGCAAGUUCAUGAGCAUGUUGCUAGGGCCUUCAGCAUGCUUACUGGCCAGCAGGCAGACUAUGUAAAGGAGGAGGCCAACAGGGUGGUUCAUCUUAUUGACAGGGAAGAAUGGGAGGAGGCACAUUAUGCCCGCACCGCCCUAUGUGAAUGGAUAGAGCACAAAGCGGGAAUCCCAACACUGUUGGAUAUUCGACGACAUGCCAAAUACCAUGCCACACAGGAUGGAGUGGAGUACCUUUCUUUGUUUCUAAAUCAACCUCAUGUCAAGGAAGCUCUCCACGCUGAACCAAGUGUCGUUUGGGCUAGUUGCAGACCAACUAUUCGCCUCCACCUUGCUCAGGAUACAAUGAAGAGCAGCAAACCAGCAUUGGAGCGAAUUCUUGCAGCCGGUGUCCCUGUGUUGCUGUUUCAGGGCCUGUUUGAUGCUAAGGAUGGCCCUGCCAGCUCUGAAGCAUGGAUGCGCACUCUGUCCUGGAAUGGUGCAGACAGCUUCUGGAAUGCCGAGCGUGUGGUGUGGCUUGUAUCUGGGAGGAGGGAAGGAUAUUGGAGGCAGUGGAAGAACUUGACGCAUGUGAUCGUGACUGGUGCUGGACACCAAGUGCCUGCUGACCAACCUGAAGCUGGAGCAGCCAUGAUUGAGACAUGGGUGGAGCAACACAUUUCACUGGAAAGGCCAUUCUCUCAAGUGCAGGUUGGUCAGCCCGUAGCUGUGGAAGAUGGAAAAGUCGAUGAACAGGAGAUUCAGGCUGAGCUGACCAUGGAAGCUGCAAUGGCUUCGCUGGGAAAUAGUGCAGGGAAUCAGGCGCACGCUAGAACAAGGCUUUAG